GCGAGGAUAAAGCAAGAUGGCGUCUGACGGUGAAGACGUUAUUGCAGUCGUCACAGUUCAGUGUUCUUAAUCUGUGCCUCCAUGUACACAUAUAUGUCCUUUAUUACACUAGUAAAUAGGGUAAACAUCGUUAAUAACUGUUUGCAUCCGGUUAUAUUAGUCUGAGCGCACUUUGAUGCUUCUCGAGCUAGCUUAGCCUGCUAGUUAGCUUAGCUUGUUAGCUGCUAACAAAGAGAGGCGGAAGUGAUCAAAACACAUCUCUAAGUAAAGAUCAAGUGUGAGUGUAAAGUGUUGUGAUUGUGUGAAAAUGUGCCAAAGAACCACAGCAGAGUACGAGGAGGAACUUUGUCCAACAAAAGAGGAGAAGGAGCGACAACAUGAAAAACAUCAAGUUGUGUUACACAGAACAGACAUCCAUCAGCUGAUUGGACACCAAGAAGAAUGUCUCCCUCAUCUGCAGGGGGACAGUUUCACUUUAGAGUAUCCACAGCCCUCACAUUUUAAAGGGAACUAGGAGGAUCCACAGCCCCCCUAUUUUAAUGCGGAAGGGGAGGGAGAGUGUCCUGUAGGGCAGGAGGAGGCUGAUGUCAGCAAGUUUCCACUGACUGUUGUCUCUUUGAAGACUGAAGAGCAUGAAGACAAACCACCUGAGUCCUCACAGCUUCAUCACAGUCCAAACCUAAAAGAAGCGCAUCUUCCCAAUGAGCAGGAGGAGGAACCACAGUCCCCCAACAUACUUGAGGAAGAAGAGGUACCACAUUCCCAACACAUCAAAGAGGGAGGAGAGGAACCACAGCCCCCCCACAUUAAAGAGGAAGACGAGACGCCACAGACCCAUAAUGUUAAACUGACCCUUCACAUUUAGAAGGGAGAGGAGGACCCACUGACCCUCUACUUUAAAGUGGAAGAGGAGGACCAAGAGCCACCGCACAUUAAAGAGGAAGAGGAGGAAGAGGGCAUCAGUCAGCCUAAAUGGUUGGAGGAGUUCCCAGUGACUGGUGUCCCUGUGAAGAGUGAAGAUGAUGAGGUGAAAGGUGAAAGUGAGGAGAGGGGAGGGGGGGAGCCUCCAAGCAGCAGCUCAACACAACACAUGACAACAGAAGCUGAUGGAGACCACUGUGGAGGAUCACAAUCAGACAAGCUCUUAGCUCCACUAUCAGAUAGUGAGGACACAACGUCACACUCUCCUGACACUGAUGAUGAAGACUCUAAAGAUGAUAAGACAUGUCACACUGACAACACUCACUUCACAUCUUCUCACUCUCACAAAACCUUUAAAUACCAUUGUCGUCUGAAAAGACACAUGAGAACACACACUGGAGAAAGACAUUUUUCGUGUUCAAUCUGUGGUAAAGAUUUUACUCAAAGGUACAUUUUGAAAAUACACAUGAGAACACACACUGGAGAAAAACCUUUUUCCUGUUCAACCUGUGGUAAAGGUUUUACACAAAGUCAACAUUUGAAAGUACACAUGAGAACACACACUGGUGAAAAACCUUUUUCCUGUUCAACCUGUGGUAAAGUUUUUACACAAAGUCAACAUUUGAAAGUACACACUAGAACACACACUUGUGAAAAACCUUUCAUCUGUUCAAUCUGUGGUAAAGGUUUUACAGAAAGUCGGAAUUUGAAAGUACACACGAGAACACACACUGGUGAAAAACCUUUCAUCUGUUCAAUCUGUGGUAAAGGUUUUACAGAAAGUCGGAAUUUGAAAGUACACAUGAGAACACACACUGGUGAAAAACCUUAUUCCUGUUCAACCUGUGGUAAAUGUUUUACACAAAGUCAGAGUUUGAAAAAACACAAGAGAACACACACUGGUGAGAAACCUUUCACAUGUUCAAUCUGCAACAGAAGCUUUUGUGAGCGAUUAACCCUUGUAAGACACACGAGAAGACACCCACGAGAGAAAGUGUUGAGUUGCAGUGUGUGUGGUGAAAGAUUGUCUUCUAAGUACCAGUGUAAGAAACACAAGUGUGCUGGUGAGAACAGCAGCAGCAAAUGAAACUGCAGGAUUUGAAAUAAACUGUCCAGACUUUCAUUUUGACUUUCUAACAACAUCAGCACAUAUAACAUGUGUGACAUUGUUGUUUGUCUAACACAAUCUUGUUAACAUGCUUCUAUAUUUAUACACUCUUUUUUUUUCAGUCCAUUACAUGCAUUAAUAUGCAACAUUGUGUACUUUUAUUAAAAUUGAAACAAACCAAUUUGAA